AUGGCUACCGUUCCAUCUUCCGACCAGUCACUCCCACCAAACCAAUCCCUCCCGCCAAACGAAACCGUCCCGAAUGUCCAACAAGACACAGCGAAUGGCAAAUCCACUUCUGCUUUAGAUACCCUUAAAGGACCUGCCCCUUCGCUUGAAGCCUAUGCCAACUUCAAAUCAAGUUCGCCACCCACGCUUUUGCGCAGUGAGAGAAGGCAAGCCGGCAAACAGGAGUAUGUUACCAGUUGCUCCCAGCUCGAGGAAAUACUGCAGCAGGCGUUGGGUCUUUCGGCAUCUGUUCCCGUUCCUCCUGCGACCAUCAUUUCUGGGCUCCGAGAGAUGCAUGAGCAGUGCAGAAAAAGAAAGCAAGUAUUGACUCCCCAACUCCUCCCAGAUGUUACCGAAGGGAAGCCAAUCCCUCCUGAGGAUUUAAUAGACCUGACCAACGAGCCCGACGACGAAACCCACAAGGAAUAUUUCGCUCGAGAACGGUCUGAGUCUAAACCGUCCACAAAGCGCAGGCGCAAGGUGAACAAGAAACCGUUGGACAAACAAGAUAAUCCCAACCAAAGUCCCACCAAUCCCACCGAUCCUUCCGCAACUUCAGCCGAGCACAACCUGCAUGACCAUGGUAGUGGAGAAGAUAAGUCGCCUGUCGGACAUACCUCUCCAUUCGUCUUCACCUUUCCAGUAGCACCUCCCACUACGCACGAUACCGUUGGAGUGACUCCUGAUCCCGACGACUCCUUCAGUUCCGCCAGCCCAAGCUUGACUGAGCCAGAGGUUACUAGCACUCCGUUAUUACCUAACUCGGCGGGCGAGGGGGCAGGCACCACCACGUCCAUACCCAGCUCAACUGAACCCACGAAGUCAAUCGAUCCGGCCUCCCAAUCCUCAAUGGCGUCGGAUGUUAACCCAAGCUCAAUUGCCCAGCCUGGUUCAACUUCGACUGGGCCGGUCGGGGUCACCAAUCAACCGAGAGUGCUUCCAGUCCCACCCCCCCCCAUCAUCAUUUUCAAGUCUGCCUCCGCCCCGAACCCAAACACCAAUUCCGCGGCUCCUGGGAAUCCAAAUACCAAUCCGUCCACACCUGCACCCCCCCCGAGUAUUCCCAGCCUCAUCUCAGAUGACACCACCAGGACCGGAGUCCAUUCGAUCUUGAACACGUUCCAGGGUUAUCUCAACCGUCAAAAGUUCAAGCAAGCCCACCUUGCCGUCCACGCCUUCAUUGAUUGCCGAGCCAAAUCUAUGCACAAGCGGACCCCACCACCCGAAUUGCCUCAGUUCACCAUGGUUCACUCGGAGUCUUCUCACAACGCAUGGCUGAAAGAGAUCCAAAAGUAUUUGGACACUAUAUUGUUACCGUCAGAUGAUGAGCCUUGGUAUGCGCCUCGCUUGAUCAAUAUCUCGAACCUCAAGUCAGUCGACCCGGCCGAGUUGAAAUUACAAGGCAAUGUCGAAUAUCCCCUUGCCCUGUUACUUCAGGAAAUCCAAAAACCGUCAAAGUUCGUCUUGUCUCGAUGGUCCAACUGCAUCGCGUCUUCUAUCCAAUUAACUGCACAGGAAUUUGCUGUUAAACCAACCUCAUUAACCGACUUGAACAUGGACAACCUCGACUCCCAUUUGCGCAUUCUCGAGUAUCUCAAUAGCCGUAAGACUUCCGCAUCGGCAUCGAAUUCAGAAUACGGUAAGAUGCGCAAUGACAUGACGCUGAAGCCCUUGUAUCAGCUACACGACCUCAUAAUAGACAUUUUCAUCACCUACUCGAUCAUUCGAGGGUCUGCGGCCGCCGAUAUCGAACCCGGCACAGCUUCUACUGAAAGUCAAGCGUUAGUUGUGCAAAGGAAGGAGCUGGAUAAACACCGCUCACGACACAACUACACCCCUUUCUGCCUUUACCUCGUGGCCGGCGUGCGUGGGCUUAUCUUGGCUCCCCACGAUCGGCAGUUCGCCUCAGGGGCAUCGGCUUUGGGUUUCUUGAGCGCUGUGGAACAUAUCUUCACCAAAAACAUUCCUCAACGCGAGGGUUUGGAACCCGUUUGGAAAAGGCUUGGCGCAUAUAUCGAUAACCUUUUCAUUGAUUCUUUUCUCACUCCCAACUCUCUCUUCAACUUCCGCGAGCCGCAAAUUCUUCAACUUGCGCAAGCAAUUACAUCCGACUUCCUUGCUUGCGUCCAAGACCGAUUCCCAGCGCAAAAUUUUAAAAUUCCUCGGGCUGUCACUGCCACAUGA